AUUACGAGCUGUAUGGCUUGCUCCUUGUAUAAAGUUUCAAAUGUAUUUUCACUCUAUGUGUUGUAAGUUUUCGUGCUUCAGUAACUUAAUCGGAGAAAAAUUUAAAUGCUGCUAUUUUUAAAUAUGACCUAGAUUUUAAACCAGGUAGUAUAAAACAACUGACAGGGAGAUAACUGAAUGUAGUCACAUGAUCAAAGUAAGUCACAUGACCUGUUUAAACAGAAAAUGGUGGAUGCCAUUACUGUCUCCUAUAAAUCAGAUUUCCCCUUUGUUAUACGGUGGCCCCACCCUACCCCCAGGAGCCAUGACUUUAACAGAAGCUGGAUCCUCUCCUCCAGUCAAACAGCUGCUUGAUGAACCAGAGACUGUCACCACCAUAGACAUUGGGUAUAGAGAAUACCUUGCACAUGUGGCCUGUCUGAGUGAUGAAGAAAUCUGGACAAGAGGAAAUGACAACGUCAUGAAACUCCACAGCAUCAAUCAGGGAUCACUACUCAAGUCAAUCAGAACCAAGUCAGGAAAACCACCAUAUGACAUCGCAGUGACAAAAAGUGGAGAUCUAGUUUAUACUGAUAAUGGUGGUAGAACUGUGAACAUUGUGAAGAAUGAGAAGAUAGAGGAGGUGAUUAGACUACAGAACUGGAGACCUCAAGGUGUCUGUAGUACCUCCUCUGGUGACCUCCUGGUUAUCAUGUACAGUGCUGAUGACAAACAAACAAAAGUUGUCCGUUACUCUGGUUCCACAGAGCGACAAACCAUUCAGUUUGAUGAUAAAGGUAAACCUUUCUAUUCGACUGGUCUUCAUGACAGAUAUCUAGCGGAGAACAGGAACCUGGAUAUCUGUGUGUCUGAGAGUAGAAUUGGAGAGGUAGUGGUGGUCAAUCAGGCCGGGAAACUAAGAUUCAGGUACAUUGGACAUGAUCCUACUCCAAACAAUGAACCAUUCAAUCCAGGAGGAAUCACCACAGACAGUCAGGGUCACAUCCUUACAACUGAUCAAAUCAAUAACUGUCUCCACAUCAUAGACCAGGAUGGACAGUUCCUCCGUUACAUAAACUGUGGAGUGAUCUCACCGUGGGGACUAUGUACAGAUACAAAUGACAAUCUGUUUCUUGCUUAUCCGAUGAAAAGACAAGUGAUAAAAAUCAAGUACCUGCACUGAUGUUGCUGUAUUGUAUAGCUUGUUAUGGUUUCGCAUUAUAAGGGUAGUUCAAUCGAGUUUGCAUUCACAUGAAGAUUGUUCAUACAUAUUGGUAGCUGCAUUCCAUGUUUUGUAAAAGCUGAAUAUCAAAUUGUGUUUGAUAUUUUCCCAACGUCUGCCUUGAUGUGGACUAUUCUGAUAUGUGGCAUCUGUUAAGCUUAAUUUGCUGAUAGUAUGCACCUUUCAGAUAUAUGUCCAGGAAUACUACAGGUUGUAUGCUAAAUCAUUUGAGAUUAAAUUUUCCACAAACCUCUCUUGAAUAUUGUAUACUUCAACCACAAAAAUGUCCCUGUUAUCAUAAUGUUCCUAAUCAUGAUAAACUUCUACUCUUUUCAAUAA